UCGCCACAAAAAAAUCUCGUUAUUACCAAUGGCUCUCGUGGCUACAAACCCUUUCGCAUUUGGACAGUGGUUAUUAAAGCAAAAAACAAAAAGGAAAAGAAGGUUUGCCUUAUGAUUGCUAACAAGACGAAGAAGAAAGAUACCUUCGCAGCGACACAUGUACGUAGAAUUAGAAAAAAAAAAUGUAAGACGGCCUUUCACAACCUUUUCCAAACAGUAUAUACUAAGCCGGCCUGUUAAAUAAAUAAAGGCAAAACAAAAAAAACGGUUCACGCACGAUGUGACAGGACAUCUAGUGAAGACAAAUGUGGUCAGAGGAGGCUCCCCAACCCCGAGGAGGAAGAAGGGGCAGCAGCAUUUACAAGGCAGAGGGGGGACACGAGGAGAGUUGCGCUCCUCAAGUCACGGCAGCAGGCCCUCACUUGACUUCAAUUCUGCGCAGAAGAGCAGAAGUCUGCGGCCCCUCCGUUCCUCCAGCUCCAGUCCCAGUCCCAGUCCCAGGUAUGGCUCGUGUGAUCAGUUUCUAGCUUCCCUGCGUGAUCUGCUCCACGUAACGAGCGCAUAUGCUCUUGGCGAGUCAAGGUUAGUAUAUUUCUGUGGGAAAUGUACCACCAGUCGAAGCUCGUCCAGCGGGUGAAUGCUGCAGAUUUGCUGUCCGAAUCUGGAUUGUUCUAUGCCAUUUCUCCCAACUUUUUUUGCUCCUCUCUCCCCUGUCUCUCGGUGUUGCCGAUUACUGAGCCUUCCGUGCCUGAGGGACUGAACUAACAAAGUACUGAAUGGUUGUAAGUGCAUUCUCGUAGUUCUAUGCAUCUUGCUGUGCCUGAUGGAGGACCUCAACUAAUCUGUCUCAGAUCAGAGCCCUGCCCUUGUAUUCUCCUCCAAUCUUCCUUCUGAGUUUUGGCUUGCGAUCUUAUUUAUGGUGGUGGCCAAGGAAACGGAAACACUGCAGGCCGGAAGCCUGUUCCAAAUCCAUGUUCCAGCGCUUGCUUGUUCCAUCCCAGUUUACAUACAUAUCUAUAGGAUAGAGGAGUGAAGCCGCAGUUUUUGGUUUACCCAUUAGAUUACUCCCCCUCAGGAAGGAACCCCAGUGGCUGGAAUUAAAAAAGCGAGCAAGAAUCCAAGGGGCAGAAAGGGGUCAGGGGAUGCUAGGUUCUUUGCUUUGUUAGGUUGGCCGUUAGCACAUCCCAUGAGCAAGAGAAGUGAUUCUGGAUGCUUGCCACCAGCUGUUUCUGCUCUUGGAGGCGAACCAUUUUGAUCAGCACAGCUUCUCUUUCCUAGGAGGUGAAUUGGUGGAAAGAAAGGGCAAGGCAAGGCCAUCCACACAAUAAACACGCGUCCCCUCAAAAGUUGGCAUCAGGGAGGAAAUUGGGGCAGAAAGGAGGGGACGAAAAGGAGGGGAGCAGCCGAGGGCAUCUAUCUUUACACCUCUGUUUGUUGGUAGCAUCGUCCACCACUCCCUCCACUCAGAAAGAAGCCACACGCAGACGGCACAUCGCUUUCCAUGGUCGCCUCCCAUUAAAACACCUGUUAUGACAGCUUCUUCCGGCAUCGUUGAGAUCUCCCAAUCUAUGUGAAACACUCGUCACCGCUACAUUAACUACCAUGCCUUGCGCCGCCACCGAGCUCGUCCAUGGCGAGGGAGGCACGGUCAAGGUAGGCACAACGGGCACCAUCGGCUCGCUCAUGACAAGGGAGCUGGACUCCACCAAGGUGGCGGCGCCGCAGGCAGCCGCGGCCGCGGCCGCGGGCGCCCCACCGCUGAGGCGCCAAGGCGGCCCGGUCUCGGUGCCGUGUGGCGCCACCACUCCCCGGAAGCUCAUGCUGAGGAAGAGCUCGUCCGACGUCUCCAGCAGCAGCAGCAGCAACAGAACCGGCCGCGUGGGCACCGAAGAGGCGUGCAAGCCGAGGAGGGCCUCGCGGACGAACACCUUCGACUCACCGAUGCUGCGGCCCGACGGCGGCGCGCUGGUGGACCGGGCCCCGAGCGCCGGCAGGGCGAAGAAGAAGGGGACGAGCGUGGGCGUGCACGGCGGCGGGGUCCAGGUGGUGGACGUCAAGUGCGGCAACCCGAUGAGCAUGAGCAGCCGGCUCAGGAAGCUCGGCUUCUCCAAGCUGUCGCAGACGUUUGCGUAGCUUCAAUUCUGUGCAGUGGAGCAUGGCGAGGGGCCGAGGGCAAAGGACCAGCGCCAGCAUCGGAAUUGAAGGGUCUGCUUGCUGCUGCCCUUUCCUUGAGGGCGUCUUCGGCUUUGGAGGACAUCUGCCAUGUGCUGGAUUUAGUGCAGCAAUCAUUCACUAACAGUGUGAGUGUCCAUUCGGUCCGGCCUUGUGGGCUGCCACUGCCAUCCAGUUCGCAUCUAGCUGUAGUCGCUUUUUCUAGCUGUUUUUUUCUCCACUAUGUGGAAACUGCUGUUGCGCUCUGUGUAUGGAUGAUGUGUUCAACUGUAGGUGCAAGAGCACCUUGAUUAGAUCUUCUAUUUUUUUUCUGCUUUAUAAUAUAUAAACAGUUAUAGGAGGGCAA